AUGCAAGGUGUUUUAUGUGUGCUGUUUGCUGUGUUUUUGCAGUGCGUUUGCGCGCUUCAUUUCGACCUGCCCGCGUCCUCGAAGCCGGAGCUGUACUGCAUCCGUGAUUUCGUCAACGAGGGUCAAUUGGUCGUUGUAAACGUGAACACGGAUGGGUCCGUUGGUGACGGGCAGGUGUUGAACAUGUACGUGAGGGACUCGAACGGGAACGAGUUCCGGAACAAGAAGGAUCUUGCUGGGGAGAUCCGGGUUGCGUUCAACGCUCCCUCGACGACUUCGUUCGACGUGUGUUUGGAGAACGUUGCGAACGUGCGGGGCCGCUCGCUGAGCAGGUCCAUUGAGCUGGACAUCGAGAGCGGGUCCGAGGCACGAGACUGGAACCUGAUCUCCGCCAACGAGAAGCUGCAGCCCGUCGAGGUCGAGUUGCGGAGAAUCGAGGAGUUGACAGACGAGAUCGUCGACGAGUUGUCGUACUUGAAACACAGAGAGGAGAGACUGAGGGACACGAACGAGUCCACGAACGCGAGAGUGCGUAACUUCUCCUUCCUGAUCAUAAUCGUCCUUGCUGGGCUCGGCGUGUGGCAGAUCAACUACCUGAGAAACUUCUUCAGAUCGAAGCAUAUCAUUUAA